AUGCCUCAACCGCGAAGGGACGAUGCCCUCACUACAAUGCACAUCUUCGACGACGCCACCUACACAAGAGAAGCCCUCGGCCUGCAUGUGAAUCAAAGUGAAGACGACAUCGAUGCGCAGCUACUACUGCUGGCAAGAGAGUCGGGUAUCGAGGAUCCGUACCGCUUCUUGUGCCCUGCGCAGGAUAUUCCAAGAGCACUGUCGACCACCACCGCAGGCAGCGCCCACAGCAGCUCGCUCUCUAUCCACUCGCACCAGACGCAGUCCACUGGCUUCACAGAUCCGUCGAGGACUUCGCGUGAGCAGCCUCAUGUAAAGCGCCUACCGCCACAGCAGACCACGCCAACCCUCGCUAGAGCCUCUGUCACUCUCGAUUCCACCAUGGAUUACUUUGCCGCCAACUUCCAGCAGCGCAACUCAACCGCCUCGACCUUCUCAGCUGCACACUCCGUAUCGUCCAGUGCCUCUUCGCUACAGAAGACUAGUACACGAAGGAAGCGUGCAUCGUUCCUUUCCAUGUUCAGAAGAGACUCAAGCUCGUGCACUUCACCCUCACACCAUAGACACCACGGCAAGGCUCGAGGACCCAAGCUUGAAUGCGGCCACUCUCUGUCUACCUCGGCCAUCCGAGCUCACAUCAAAGAGGCACUGCAGGCGAAGGAAGGUGCGGUGCCAAGCUGCUGCGGUAUUGCACUACCACGAGCUACCCUCGAGGUUGUCCUGACCAAACAAGAGACGGAUCUUGUUAUAGAAGGUGCCGCACGAUCACCAGAACUAAGUUCACUGCAAGAUUCUGGCUACAGCGAGAACGGUAUGUCGUCGAUUGAUCUACCUCGACCAGCCCAGAAGACACCAUUGCCAACAUUGUCGAAAUCGGUACCAAACACCCCACCUCGGCGUGUCUCACUUCAGCUGCCGGACGGUGGAUCUACCCUUGCCAACGAAGCACUAGGAAGCUUCAAAUCUCAGCAAAAGGAGCAACUGGAACGGGUAGCAGCAUUCGAGAACAAUCAACGAAAAGCACUCUCGGCCCACCACCAAUGUUCGCUAAAGCGAUUUGCAGCUCAACACGAAAACAACAAGGAUGAGCGGAGGGAGCAUCAUAUUCUCGAGCUCGAAGACCUGGAAGACGCACAGAUCACCGCAGAAGACAACCUCCGCACAGCUCAAGACCUCGAGACACAGAAUGUAGCGACGGCGCUAAAACAUAUGGAGGCAUACUGUCUUUCUUCGAAUCCUGACCCAGGAUUAGCGCACAUAGUCACCCAGGACGACUUUAAGAAACUCGAUCGCCAGCGCUUGAUCCAGCAAACUCUCCCCCGGAAACAUGAAAGCGCCAUCAAUGUCCUACGAUCGCGACAAGAACGCGCGAUGAAACUCAAAAUGCAAAAACAAGAACUAGAACUAGCGGACAUGGACGCCGAAUUCGAAAAGGAGAAGGCGGCAGAAGAAUGGCAGUUUGCGCAAGAAUCGGAGCGCCUCAGCGCAGUCAUCAGGGCGCGGCAGAAGAGAUUCCAGCAGAGGUGGGACCUCAAAUAUGAGAUGUGGCGCAAAGAUUGGGACAGUCAACACGGCACCCAGUUCGACAAUGUGGAUUGGCCACUGAAAUUGCAAUAUGGAGGCCCGAUUUGCGGAAUUCCCGAAUCGAGCGAGACACCAACACCCAUUCACGCUGCGACGUAG